AUGGUGUCGCCAGAGGAUGGAACUGGGUUUCUGGCAGCAGCCCAGGCAUGUGCUCCCCACAGUCCCGCCAGAUUCAACAAUUCAGCGUGGGUGCCUUUACAGGGGUGGCGGUUGAGCGGCUCUGAGACCUGUCCCAACCCCAGAAGCUCCCUCCUCAGCUGUCUCUUUCUGCGUCUUGCUGCUGGCUUUACAACAUUUCCUCUUAAAUGCUCAGCCUCAAGAUCUCCACCGUCAUUUCUGCCUCCUGGAGGAACUGUAAUCAAAUUACUGCAGGGAGACACACACGAGGAACACGACCUCAGACGUGGUCACCUGAGACGGUCCCCUGCGGGCCGUGGGUUUGGGAUGCGCGGGGCCGGGCUGGCGGAGCGCACCUCUCUCUCCACCUCACGGUCUCCAGGGCCCGGCUGGGGUGGGCUGAGCGGUGACCUGGCUUCUCAGCGGCCGCCUCACCUCCUCAGAGCGCAGCCGAGACUCUCCACACGCAGGGCCCCCACCGGCGCCCGUGCCGUCACAGGCCUGUGUCCCCUGCCCCUGCAGCCGCUGAGGCCCCAGGCACGAGCUCCCACCGUCUCCGACUCUGGGGAAGGCUGUGCCGAGGCGUAUCUGCAAGGACAGGACAGCCUGUGCACAGAGCGAGGCCUGCGGCCUCCGACUGGGCCGCAGCGAAGGGGCCUGGGUGCUCUCGGCUCGCUCUUCCACGUGGAAUCUCUGCCCUGA